GAAAUUGUAGACCCUCAUGCAAUGAUGCCAUGCGACAUAUCAGGAAUGCCCUGGUGGUACCAGGAUUUGACAAUGUAAAAGAAGUGAAGUUCUCGGUAUCAUGGGUCGGAUAAUAAGAUUGAGAUAAAGAAGUACUUUCAUACACCAAUAACACAUACAUGGAGAGAAUGCAACCUGGAUGGUGUACUAAGUUGUAUACUGACAGGCGCGACUGGAUCGUCAGCGACUGAGCGAGAGAGUUAUACCAUCACAAACGUCUGAUUGAUAAUUCGAUACAUCUAAUAGGUCUGACGUCAACAGAUACUAGCUUGCAUUAACUAUUUAUCUUGUCAAUCUUACCCAAUGACACUAAUUAUAAAGCAACAACACCAGCAGGAACUUGAUACCAUAUAGUAGCCUAGACAUAAGUGAAGUAAUACAUAGUUUCUAAGACACGAGAGAAGUCACAUUUCCCCAACUCGAGAAAACACUAAAAAAACACUCUUUUUAAUGGUCAGGUGCACGUUACUAUUGGAACCGAUUGGGGAAGAACAAAUAAUUUGCCGUAUGAAGAAGAGUCGUCGGAGUGUCGUACUGUCCAACGCAAAACAACGCCAAUGCUACACGUAGGGAUUGAUCUAGUGCACCUGAAAGGGACCAACAUGCAGAACACAUCUGAAGAGGAUAAAAAUACAUCUUUGAAGUUAAACAUAAAGGGACCUCUUACGCCGAAGAAUGGGGCCACAUCUCCUUUGUCGCCGCCCUCCCCAACACUAUCGCAUCUGACGCAAGAUGAGAUAUUCAUUCUGAAAGAUGUAUUUAGAAGACAGGUGGAGGUUCAGCAGGAAGAGAAGCAGUUUAUAAGAUGUCUUCAGAGGGAGUUGGCACAGUACGAACACCGCGUGAAACAGCAAGCGGCGAACACUAGCGUCCUACGUCAGGCAGAUUUGCGCUUGUGUAGACUUUGCUUCAAAACACGUUUUACCAAUGGGAUUGGGCGAGCUUGCUACGCGUGUCAAAGACGAGUCUGUAAUAAAUGUGGCGCGUGUUCAAACCCAAGAUACGACCCUAAAAAGAAAAAGGUUCGCAAAGGGAAAUGGAGGUGUAAUCUCUGCAAUCUGAAACGGGAGAUUGUUUGCAAAUCAGGGAUAUGGUUCUAUGGACGUGAUUCGAAGAAGGUCUUAGAAAACCGUUCUUUCAGACGUAAACUUAUCUCAUCUAGCGAUACAGAAUUAGAGAAUCUUGAUGGUCUGUUGAGUGAUAAUGAUUCCCUGAGUGAAAGUGAUGAUGAAUAUUCAUCUGUAAAAGGGAGCGCUUUCGAUAUGCAAGGAGGACGCAGCAGAAGUGAUAAAAAAUUGACUCGACGCCAUACACAUGACGUCAUUAACACACAACACCUCACUGAUGAUGAUAUAUCAUCAGAUCAUCGUGAGAGAAAAAGGCGCAACGGGAUAGACAACCGGUAUAGAUAUAAACAAAACGAAGAAAGACAUGAGACUGCAAAAGAAAGACUGGAUCGACUUUCCAAGAUCAAUCCACCAGAGUAUCAAAUGCUCCAAAAUUUUAUGGCUGAGGAUUACUGCCAACGUGAUCAGCUGGAAUUCAAAAUGUCGGUAUACUCCCCGUCCUAUGCUGAUUCUAACAAAUGCUUUGAUUUUGAUGAAUAUGAUGACAACGACUAUAGUUGUGAUGAAGCCAUAAGGCGUAGCUUGGUAGAACAAUAUGGAUUACCAGAGAGUGAUAGCACACCAUAUUAUCCAUUGUCAGUGAGUCCAAGGCAACAUAGAGUUGACCCUAGAGAUCAAGAAAGGUAUGAACUGGAAAGAGGUUCUCACGAUGCUCCUCGAAGGCAUUCAGCUCGCCCUCCUGUCAUCGAAUCAACACAGCCUCAACCGUACCCUACCCGCAGAAGAGCUAGCAGUCCUUCGGCAUAUAGCAGUGCUACGUUAGACACUCGUUCAACAAGUGACUUUUUCGAUAUUCAAAGGGAUCGACGAAGGAAUUCCUCAUUAUCCCCACGCCACCCGCCAGUUGAUCACCGUGGUCAGCUGUCAAGAAGGCAAUCAGAACAAUCAAUUUCAGAGAGACCCCUAAAUGACAGAUCUCCUCGCCCAUAUAGUAAAGAAGAUGCACGCAGUAGAUCAAGGGCAAGGCGGGUCUCUAAAGUUGAAAUACCAGAAGCUCAUGAAUAUUACGAAAAACAAUCACAUAAACCUCGACAUACUUCUAGUGAAAAACAUUAUAAGACUCAACAUACACACGCCGAUGAAAAACGAGAGGAUUAUAAGACAGCUACUUGGAGUAAAUCACGAUCAACAUCUUUGGAAAAGGAAAAUGAUAAAGAACCAUUGGUCAAAAGCUCAAAGAGGGAAAGAAGGUAUUCGGAUACACGACAAAUGGAUUUACAUAGUUAUAAUAGGGACCAUGAUUCCAGAAGGCCAUCACACACAAGGAUUGACGACUCGCCAACAAGAUCUAGGCGACGACGACAAAGCUGCACAAGACAAGAUAGUUUCAGUGGAAGCGAUUCAGCCAAACAUCGUGACGACAGACACCGUAGAUUUGAUGAUCGAUCCAGAUAUGGAAAUGUUACUGACCAUAUGGAACCUACUUUGGAUAACAAACGGAAUCCGUUGGUACGUCAGGGUAGCUUAGGGUCUAUUGACAGCCAAAGAAGGUACAGGAGCAAUGCAAGCAGCAUAAAUACUGAUAUUACAGACACUAGCGAAGCUACUGAGAGCUCUAGUUUAUACUCAUCAUCCAGGCGUCAAUCAAAAGACUACGCUCAUCCAUUCGGAAUUGGCCAAGAACAUCAGAUACAAAGUAUUCAUUCAUACACACAUGCAGAAAACAAUAAACGAGUUAAAGGACAACGGGAAAUAAAGCUACAUCGAGAUUGCACAGACACAAGCGCAAAGACUGCAGGGCUUGGGUUGCGUGUGGUUGGAGGGAAACAAAUGUCCGAUGGUUCUUAUCGCGCAUGCGUGGUUUAUGUAGCUCCAGGAAGUGAGGCAGACAGAUAUGGUAUCCGGACAGGUGACCAGAUUUUGGAAUGGAAUGGUCUGUCGCUGACGAAUAUGACAUUCGAAGAGGCUAGACAGAUCAUGGACCGUUCAACCGAUACUGUUCAUUUAAAAAUAGUGGACAAGGAGUACUGUAAUAAUUUCCCAGCGAGACCUACAAUUUUGACAGACACAGUCAAAGAAUUCUUGCCCGAGGGUGACAAAAGUCCAAGGAUAAUUCUCCAACGAACUACAUCAGUUAGUAUGGAAGAAUUGAAUAUGAUCCAUACCCGUCGCAGGAGAAUGCUCCCUAAAACACCAGCGGAGAUGAAAAAGCGCAACAAGACUGUUACUGGGAAGAUGCAAGUGAAAUUGAAUUACGACAAACUCAGUUCUCGACUUGUUGUUCAUGUCCUGCAAGCCGAGGGGUUACUGCUGCGUAAGACGGAUAAGGACACGAUACCUCCUAACCCAUAUGUUAAAAUAUAUUUGCUUCCAAAUCGAAUGGAAAAUCAAAACUUCCGGACGAACACUAUAUAUGGGUCGGAUACUCCAACAUGGGACAGUUCCUAUGUAUUCACCAAGAUGUCGGAGUCGCAGUUGGCUGAAAAGAGUUUGGAGCUUACUGUUUGGGACUACCACUCGAACAAACUGGAUACGUUUCUUGGGGAAGUUCUUUUAGACCUACAUAUGGCAAGCCUUAAUAAUCAGAACAUAUGGUAUAUGUUAGAAGACCACGAUGAAAACAGUGCUGCGUUACCCACUCCAAGUCCUAAAAAUUCACUGAUUGAUACCAUUCGUGGACAAGAUGUGAUGUAUUUGGAGAAGAAGGCUGGUGGGAGUCCGCAGGGCAGUGAUGACCUAAGUGGGAGUAUGCCUCUGCUGCCAGCCAUGCCCGCCCAUGAGAAGGCAAGAGAAUGGUUGGGCAGAAAGCAGAGUGGUGGUGAGCAAGGGCGUAAGAAUUCUGACCAAGGGGAUAGUACAGGAGGUUUACUCGCCAGCAGUAGUUUGUCAGGCUCCGAUGGUGCUAUUAAAAAACUAAGUACCAGUCUAUCAGACCACAUCGGAAUCAAACGAAAGGUUUCAAGUGCAGUGACUUCGGCAGUAGGAAGGAUGUCAAGAAAACAACGCAGUUCUUCAGAAAGUAGGGAGCGAUCUAAAAGCUAUGACCAUAGCGGAGAUAAUGACGAGAGGAGGGAUUCGGGAGGUAGGAACAGACAUACAUCUGCAGAACCAUCAGCAUAUGACGGUACUGAUUUACGUCACUCAAGGGGAUCAGAUAGACUAUCAAAUGAUUUUGAAUUGCUGAUACCACCACACGACCGCAGUAGAAACAGUAGUUACACGAACUCGUUCACGUCGUCUAUGCUUACCGAAGACGAGGACAUAGACUCAGCUUUUGGAGCACACAGGGAUCCCGAGAGACACCCGCCAGAGGGCAUUGAUAGUCACUUUAUGGCUGGACGAGGCCAGGUCAUCCCCAAGGUGCCUAUAGAGCCUGAAAUCUGCAAAGGAGAGCUUAAGCUGGGUUUCAUCAUAACCAAAGGAAAGCUAGAAGUCGAUGUUAUUUGUGCUAAAGGAAUCGUGCCAUAUCAACCGGGACACCUGCCUGAUACGUAUGUAAAGAUAUACCUGAUGCAGGGCAAUAAACGUAUUAAGAAAAGGAAAACAAAAGUUGUAAAAACAGACAACUAUCACAUUUACAACGAAAAGCUCCACCUCUCGGCGUGUAACGUACACGGUAGACAUAUCCAGGCUUCUGUAUGGGCAAAGGGUGGAUGUCUCGAUAAGAAGCAAUGCAAGGGAGAAGUAGUGGUGAAGUUAGACAGUAUUGACUUGGGAACUCUAACCGUCUCUUGGUACAGAAUAUUUCCGAAAGGACUCGUUGAGGUUGGAUCGACAGAAUCAAUCAACAUGUUCAGAUGAUAUUAUACUGAUAUGAUAUUCAUAAUAUCAUUUUUUUAUAUGAGGACCUGAAUGAUAUUUUAAAUGAAAUUUAUAUGGGCAUUUAGUCAUCGUCUUGUGAGUAUUGCAGUGGAUUAUCUACGCGUCAUCGGUAUUGUAAUCUGUAUUUGGCUUUAAAUUGGCAUUUUGUGUUCUAUUGACACGGUUUUAUAUUGUUAUACUGUAAGUUAUAUAUUUAUGUAUUUUUGUACGUAUAUGAUACUUAUAUUGUUAAAGCAACAUUCGCUUACUAUAUCUCACUCUUCCAUGACAUUCCAAAUGAGACAUAUCUAUGUUUAUAUACAAUCAUGUACAAUUAACUGUUGUUGGAAUAAAAUAGAUGUCAGCUUGUACUUGAACAGUAACUUUCUCAAUAAGAUGUUCUUGAAAUAUAUCUUGAACUGUUUUAACAAAAAAUUAUGUGUUUUAAAAGAUGAUUUUUGAAAGAUGAGUUUCUUAGUUUACAAGUAUAUAAUGUAAUUUGGAUGGAUUUAAUGAAGUAUACCAGGAAAUGACAUUUUUAA